AUGGCGGCGCCCUCAAACAAAAUGGCGGCGCCGCUAAGAUGGCUGCGCGGAGCGUUGAGCCAGCCCGUGGGGGGGUUCCAGGCCCCCACCCGUGUGGUCAUCGCCCGGCCCUCGGCCCCUCCCCCACGCCCAACCCCCACCCACCCCGGAGCCCCCCAGGCUGGAGCCGGCCCCGCCCCUGGGGGGGCGUCGCUGGCGCAGGUGAUCAGCGGGCUGGUGGGACAGCUCCUGAUGCAGCCACUGGUGCUGGACCCCGGCCCUGCCCCCCAGGCCGGAGUCCGGGUGGCCGAUGGGGUGGACAUCACCCGCACCAACGUGGAGUUCCUGCGGGAGCAGUUCAACCGCAUCGCGCUGCACGUGCUGCGCUGCACCGACGGCUCCUUCGGGCCGCGCCUGCUCGAGCUCUGCAAUCGGGGCCUGUUCGAGUGCCUGGCGCUGAACCUGCACUGCCUGCGGGGCGAGCGGGGGGCGCUGGGGGCGCUCAUCAGCGACCGCAUCCGCCGCCUCUCCGCGGACGUGCCCCCGUCUCUGGUGGGCUGGCUCACGGCCGUGGUGGGGCUGCGGCUCCAGGCCGUGCUGGAGCAGAUGCCCGUGACCCCCGAGCAGGUGCUGCCCUACGUGCGGCACCUGGGCGAGCCCCCGGAGCCGCCGCCCCGCCAGCCGCUGCCCGAGGAGCCAAUGGAGGUGCAGGAGGCGGAGCCGCCCCCGGACGACGCCCAG